GUCCCUGCCCCACUGAGAAGAUGACCGUGGGGAGGCCAGCGGGAGCCUCUGGCGGCGCUAGGAGCCUUCAGAUAUUUCCCCCCAAAUCCUCCUCAGACACAGAGGCUGAAGAGGAGCUGUCUGGGGACGGGCUGGUUUUGCCUAGGGCUGGCAAACUUGAUGAGUUCCUCAACCUAGAAGAGACAGAUUCUACUUCUCCUGACUCAACUAGGAGCUUUUACGAGACCCUGCAAGUACUAAAGCAGAAAGGCAGGUGGUGUGUGUCAGAAUCCCUUCAUCAGUCUGACCCCGACAGUGAUGAGCACCUCUCUGAAGAUGAUGAGGACCUGGAGAGCUUCUUCCAAGACAAAAGUAUGGGGAAGCUGCAGGUCCGGUACCCACCAUCUCCGAGGUGUGGCUCCACAAGGCGCUGCAGCUCCCUGAGCAACCUACCCUCCGACAUUCCCAAGGUUCAGUCCCAGCCACCCACAGGCUCCAGGCCUCCUUCCCAGCACAGAAGCAUCAGCUCCUGGGCAUCAUCCAUCACCGUCCCUCAGCCGUUCCGUAUGACGAUGCGCGAGGCCCGGAAAAAGGCCCAGUGGCUGGCCUCACCUGCCUCCUUCCAGCACGAGAGGCAGCAGGCCCAGAGGCAGGGCCAGGAGGAGGCCGAGUGCCACCGGCAGUUCCGGGCACAACCUGUGCCUGCACAUGUCUACCUGCCCCUCUACCAGGAAAUCAUGGAGCGUAAUGAGGCCCGAAGGCAGACAGGGAUCCAGAAGAGGAAGGAACUGCUCCUCUCUUCUUUAAAACCCUUCAGCUUCCUGGAGAAGGAGGAGCAACGAAAGGAAGCAGCUCAACAGAGGGAAUUGGCAGCCACUGCUAAGGUCAAGGUUUCCAAGCAGAAAACCACCAGAAGGAUCCCCAAGUCCAUUCUGGAGCCAGCCCUCGGGGACAAACUGCAGGAAACUGAGCUCUUCAGGAAAAUUCGCAUCCAGAUGAGAGCCCUGGACAUGCUCCAGAAGGCUUCCUCCCCCAUCACCUCCUCCAGUUGCAGGGCUGACCCACAGCUGCGCACAGCCACCCGAACCCAGGAGAAAAAGCUUGGAUUUCUGCACACUGACUUUGGAUUCCAGCCUCGGGUGAAUUCUGCCGUCCCUGACUAUGAAGACCUUUACAAGGCCUUCCAGAGAAGAGCUGCCAAGAGAAGGGUCACCCGAGAGGUGACUCGCAGCAAGCCCUUCUUGCUGAGAACUGCCAGCCUGUGUCACACUCAGCGGCCCUGUGAUGCUGCCACCACUGGAGGGAAGAAGGACUCUCCACAGCCACCCGCCACACCGCGGCCAAGGAGUCGCUCUCUGAGUGGCCUUGCUUCCCUCUCUGCUAAUACCCUCCCUGUGCACAUCACAGAUGCCACCAGGAGGAGGGAAUCUGCAGUCAGAAGUUCACUUGAAAAAAAGGACAAAGCAGAUGAGAGUACUCAGUGGUUGGAGAUGCAUAAGAAGAAAUGUCAAGCAAUGUCUAAAUCUGUGACCUUGCGUGCAAAAGCCAUGGAUCCCCAUAAAAGCCUGGAGGAGGUAUUCAAAGCAAAGCUGAAAGAAAACCGGAACAAUGACCGUAAAAGAGCCAAAGAAUAUAAGAAACAACUGGAGGAAAUGAAAAAGAGAAUACAAACGAGACCCUAUCUCUUCGAACAAGUUACCAAGGACCUUGCCAGGAAGGAAGCAGAACAACGGUAUCAAGACACCCUAAAGCAGGCCGGGCUGGAUGAAGACUUUGUGAGGAACAAGGUUCAGGGCACCAGGGCUGUACAGUGGAAGGAGCAGUCAGAAAUCCAUGCGUGUCCCAGCACCCAUGAAACUACAAAAUUUAGCAUCAGAAAUCCACAGCAAGAUUUAGAAGAACCUCUAGAACAGCCUACAGGCCCCAAGACAGAACAGGAGGAGCUGUCUUAUGAAUUGCUAGAUAAUCUCAAAUCACUUGCCUAAUCAGCACACUUAAAUUACUGGUUUUCAAUAAUAUUAAGCAACUAAUGUAGGGUUGAAUCAGUAGGCAAAAACUUGGGUUUUGAGUCAUGGCUAUUCUUGGAGAAUGGGAAAAAGGUAACAGAUAACAGGGAAUGAUUCAAGUACAUCAAAGUGGAGCUCAGGGUGGAGGGAUUAGAGCCUAGUUAAGGGUUCUUACUUUGUGCCUCACACUGUACAUUAGGUACAGAAAAAAGGGCACAAGCCCAAAUGCCUACAGGGGCUAGUUAGAAAAUAAAUGGGUUGAUAGGCUGGCUGUAAGAUAGUAGGAGAUAGUAGAGACCAGAGUCUCUGCUGGAAUAAAAGCCCAGAACUAUCAGAUCAACUGCAUUUUCAACAGAAGCCAGAAAUCUGCGUGUUGGGAACUAAUUUAAAAAUUAUGUGGAAAUAUUGUACGAGCAGAAUAAAACACCUGGGGGAUGACAAGUUUGCUACUUCUAGUACAGGUUUCCUCAGCCUCAGCAAUACUGACAUUUGGGCCAGCUGAGUCUUUGUUGGGUGGAGGGAGAGGGAGCUGUCCUGUGCACUGUUGGAUGUUUAGCAACAUCAUUAGAUGUCAGUAACACCCCACCAGUGGUGACAAACAAAAAUGUCUCUAGAUACUGCCAAAUGUCCCUAGAAGAGUUGGGUGCAGAAUGUCCCCAAUUGAGAACCACUUCUGUAGUAUAAAAGUAAGGCUACAGGCAGUAAAAACUGGCAUUUUAAGAAUACAAGUAAUUGACAUGAACUCAAUCUGCAUCGCUCAGGAUGAUUAUACAUGUCAUUAACAAAUUGAGAACUAUAAUUACUUUAUUUAAAAUAGCGGUUCUUUCCUGUUAUCUAUUUAGAAUGUUAUCUGUGAGCAUGUGUGUCAACAUGAGGUUCAUUUUAAAUAAAUUUGAAACUCCUCUGAUAGCCAUGAUUUCUAUUAGUAAGUGAUCUUUGGAAUACUUUUCUUCUUACUACUUAUAAUUAGUUAUUCUUUCUCAGUAGCUAUAGA